AUGUGCAAGUUAUUGGUGACACGCGAGCUAGAACGCGGCAGUGAUGAUGCGAAGUACUACCAGGAGGUAUUAGCUCCUCGUCAGCUCGCCAACUUCAGACCUUUCGACCUCGACGAGUGGUGGGCCCGUCGCCUCGUACAGAGCAUAAACCGCAACAAACACCGGUCUUAGUUCCCGAACAAAUUCGUUAGUGAACGACUUGAUAACUGUGCCCAUUGGAAGAAAAGCAAUCUAUAAUUUUAGCUUGGUAUAAUUAUCUAGACUUACCUAAGCGGCUCAAAAGAUGGGCAUUUUAUGUCCACGUUCCAUCGUAACUCAGUUGGCUAUCUUACAAAACCCGUUGGCACAUUCAAAAGGCCAAUAUUCAAACAGAAGCAUUUAAUUUUUACUUUUAAUUAUCAUAAAUCUGUGCAAUCGAAAAUUAAGUUGUAUUUAUAAGGUGUGAAAUUGAAUUAGGACAGUAAUAAUAAUCAUGAAUUUAAAAUUUUAAGGUUUUAUUGUGUUAUAUCCAUUCUGUCUCAAUACAAAAUGUAAUUCUGCGAAACUUUUCCGUAUUAUGCAAACUACAUAUAUUAUCGAUUCUUUAUGGUUGUUAUGCAUCGUCAAUUAAUAUUGCAAUAGUUAAGGCAUAAAAAUAUACAGUGGGUGUAGUAACGAGUCUUUCAUAUACAAAGUCUGUAGUGUCUCAUUGUACAGUCUUGAAAUACUCGUUCAAAGAGUUUAGAAGUAUUCUACAAGCAGAUUUUAACUAUAAACUAUCCGUAACCUUAGAUUGUAUAGACUGGAGACGACAUUUCCUGUGCCUCAAUUUUAUCUGUCAGAUUUCCCGCCAAUUUGUACGUCAAAACUCACCUCACUUUUUGAGGUUAUCCUAGCCAAAUGAUGUCCAUUUCAGCCCACAUGCAGGAUUUUCUUUGUGACUAGUUUUUGGCAUGUGGUUGUCUCCAGUAUAUUUUCUCGUAUUUCACGGUAAAUAGAUUUUUAUCUUCUACUCUGAGUAUUAGAUGCAGUUGUACUUAUAAUUAGAUUUUAAACUUAAUAAUCUUGUAGACUUAUGCAAUGCAAUAUUAUUUUUUAUACUACUACGUUAUUUACUACGUUAUAUUGGUUUUAUAUACCAUUGUUUUGUAGUUUUAGUAGUUCAGCUUAAUUUUGCAAUAUUGUAGCUAAUUUUGUUUUCAAUUUUAAUGCUUUUUUCUUGAGGAAGUAUGUAGCACUGCAUGGAUAGCCCAUAGAAACUGUAUAGCCUAUGGUUCUCUAUGGAUUGUUAGUACAACCUUUUUGCAAGCUGUAAGUAAUUUUUGCACAGAAUAAAAAUUAAAGUUUUAAUCCUAUCUCUUCUUCUAAUCUUCACUCGAAUUUUAGAUUAUCCUAAUGUUAUUAUCAUGGCAAUGAGACAUUACUGCCCCGAGAUUAUGUUUUACAUUUUUAGUUUCCCUUCGUUAUGUGAACUUUUAUUUCAAUCCUUCUAGUGUUGUAGAAAUAGUAACUUCAAGUAAUAUGAAAUAGCAAUAAGUAACUUUGUUAUUUACUUUCAUGUUUUAAGUAAAGUAGUACAUUAAUAAUCACAAUGCGACGAUACACAUAGGUACAUAAAAUGGAACGUAAUAUUAAUAAAAGGAACGAAUGAAAAGUAACCUUAUCUAUAAUCAUAUACAGUAUAAAGUACAUUGUAAACACGUUUUGUAAUAAAUUGUGAUAUAAAUUAUUUGUACGUUGUCGAAGCAAUAAUUGAAGUUGACAUGAAGGCGGGAAACAUUGUUUUUAAAAUGUUUUUCAAUGAAGUAGGUGAUGUUAGGUAUUGUAUUGUAAAUAAGUUAGUAUGAAUUUCUAUUUUUAUUUAAUAAUUGUAAGUAAAUGUGUCAUUGCGAAUUAGAAUUGGCUAGAAUAUUGUGUUUUAACAUAAACUGUUGACAUAAGUUUGGGUACACUGGCGUGCGUAUAAUGGGGGCAUUUAAAUAGCAUUUUUACAACUUUUUUUUAUGGCCGCCAGUGUGUUUGAGCUGUAGCUUUUAGAGAUUGACCUGACGUUAGAUCUGCCUCAGACGAUGGUUGUAAAGGGUGGAUUAGUCUGUAGGCUGUAUGAUCCUGUAAUAGUUCAUCUACAUUCCAUUCACGUAUGUACUUAGCGUUUCAAACUAUUGUAAAUACGUUAUAAGUGACGCAGUGCUGACAGAUUAUGGAUUUGAAUAAAUUUUUUCAAUAAAU